AUGAUCCCAUAUUUUAACUCCAAUGAUCAUUUUGAAAAUUUACAUGAAGAAGAGCAAAUCUCAUCGGAUUCUGACUCAUCUGACGAUCAAGAAGUUAACGAGAUUCAUCCAUCUCCUACCAAUACAGAGGUCAGGUCAGAACUAUACACCCCCGAAGAUUUUGCCACGUGGCAGCGAAUCAUUCGCUUAGAUGCAGUUCGCGCGAAUGAAGAGUGGACAGACUAUUCCCCUGUCCAGGCAACUAUAUCUAACGAAAGGGCACAUCGUGCUGCCAAGGCUGUCGGGUUAAAGGACUAUGAUCAACUCGAACCAUUCAGAAUCUUUCACGCGGCUCGUCUAACCGCCAUUCUGGAGGCCUAUGCAAUUUACGACCCCGAGAUCGGUUACUGCCAAGGCAUGUGCGAUCUUCUUUCUCCAAUAAUAGCUGUAAUAAUAGAGGAUCACGAUGCGUUUUGGUGCUUCUUCGGUUUCAUGAAGAAGGCUCGACAUAUUUUCAGGCUGGAUGAGUUAGGCAUCAUGAGGCAAUUGGUUUUUAUUUCGAGAAUAAUCCAACUUAAUGAUUCUCAUCUUUACCGACACUUGGAGAAACCGGAGGCGGAGGAUUGUUUCUUCGUUUAUCGUAUGGUGGUGGUACUGUUCAGAAGGGAGCUUAGUUUCGACCAGACAAUAUGUCUUUGGGAGGCAAUGUGGGCUAAUCAGGCAGCAAUAAGAGCUGGAAUUGGGAAAUCUAGUUGGAACAAGAUGUUAGAAUCUUUAGUCUAG